CAGCCAUGGCUGUUCCAGGGUCUAUCAUGAAACUGCAACUCUCUCCAUCUUCAUGCCUCACAGCUCCAAGACACUGCCAUUUUUCAAGAAAAAAGUUCCAGUUAAAAGCUUCUGCAAGUGGUCCAGAUGCCGAAGAAGGGCAGAUGGCGAUCAAGAAAGAGAAAAACCGGUGGAAGAUUGAUUUUUCCGGCGAAAAACCAGGGACACCGUUGCUGGAUACCAUCAAUUAUCCGGUUCACAUGAAGAACCUUUCGAAACAGGAUCUUGAACAGCUAGCAGCAGAGCUAAGAGUGGAUAUAGUAUACACAGUAGCAAAAACAGGUGGGCAUUUAAGUGCAAGUUUAGGAGUGGUUGAGUUGGCUGUGGCUUUACACCAUGUUUUCAACACCCCAGACGACAGAAUCAUAUGGGAUGUUGGCCACCAGGCAUACCCACAUAAGAUUCUUACUGGAAGAAGGUCUAAGAUGAACACCAUAAGGAAAACUUCUGGUCUUGCGGGCUUUCCUAAAAGAGAUGAGAGUGUUUAUGAUGCUUUUGGUGCAGGCCAUAGUUCUACCAGCAUCUCCGCUGGCCUUGGUAUGGCUGUUGGAAGAGAUCUAUUAGGGAAGAACAACAAUGUGAUAUCUGUGAUUGGAGAUGGAGCAAUGACUGCUGGACAAGCAUAUGAGGCCAUGAAUAAUGCCGGGUUUCUUGAUUCGAAUCUCAUUGUCGUGUUGAAUGAUAACAAACAGGUUUCUCUACCCACGGCUACUCUCGAUGGACCAGCAACUCCCGUUGGAGCUCUGAGUAGCAGUUUAGCAAAGCUGCAAGCAAGUCCCAAAUUCCGUAAGCUUCGUGAAGCUGCCAAGAGUUUUACAAAGCAAAUUGGGCCUCAAGCACAUGAAGUUGCAGCAAAAGUGGACGAGUAUGCGAGGGGUAUGAUUAGCGCCAGUGGAUCGACUUUGUUUGAGGAGCUUGGUCUAUACUACAUCGGUCCGGUGGAUGGACACAACAUCGAAGAUUUAGUCACCAUUUUUGAGAAAGUGAAAUCGAUGCCAGCACCAGGCCCUGUUCUGAUUCAUAUUGUAACAGAGAAAGGGAAAGGUUACCCUCCUGCUGAAGCGGCUGCCGACAGAAUGCACGGGGUUGUGAAGUUUGACGUUGAAACGGGAAAACAGUUCAAGACAAAAUCUCCGACACUUUCGUAUACUCAAUACUUUGCAGAAGCCCUUAUAAAAGAAGCGGAAGUGGACAACAAGGUUGUCGCCAUACACGCAGCCAUGGGAGGGGGGACUGGCCUCAAUUACUUCCAGAAAAAGUUCCCAGAUCGCUGUUUUGAUGUGGGUAUCGCCGAACAACAUGCCGUCACUUUUGCAGCAGGUUUAGCAGUCGAAGGUCUGAAGCCAUUCUGUGCUAUCUAUUCCUCGUUUUUACAGCGAGGCUAUGAUCAAGUGGUGCAUGAUGUUGAUCUUCAGAAACUACCCGUUCGGUUUGCAAUGGAUCGAGCUGGUUUGGUUGGGGCGGAUGGACCGACACACUGUGGAGCUUUUGACAUCGCGUACAUGGCAUGCUUGCCAAACAUGGUGGUGAUGGCGCCAUCUGAUGAAGCCGAGCUCAUACACAUGGUUGCUACUGCUGCCGCCAUUGAUGACAGGCCUAGCUGCUUCAGAUUCCCAAGAGGCAAUGGAGUUGGAGUUCUUCUUCCUCCUAACAACAAAGGAGUUCCCAUGGAGAUUGGUAAGGGAAGAAUACUCCUGGAAGGAAGUAGAGUAGCGAUUUUGGGAUAUGGUUCGAUAAUUCAAGAAUGUCUAGGUGCUGCGGGCUUGCUUCAAGCUCAUAACAUAUCCGCCACAGUAGCGGAUGCCAGAUUUUGCAAGCCAUUGGAUGCCGAAUUAAUCAAAAGAUUGGCGAACGAGCAUGAAGUCUUGCUUACGGUAGAGGAAGGUUCGAUUGGUGGAUUUGGAUCGCAUGUUGCUCAUUUUCUGAGCUUGAAUGGUAUUCUAGACGGAAAACUCAAGCUAAGAGCGAUGACUCUUCCGGAUAGAUACAUCGAUCAUGGAGCACCACAAGACCAGCUUGAAGAAGCUGGUCUUUCUUCAAGACAUAUUUGUUCAACACUUUUAUCGCUCUUAGGGAAACCGAAAGAAGCACUUCAGUACAAAUCAAUUAUAUAGGAGGCAAGUUGGUCUUUCUUUAAGACAUAUAUGUUCAACACUUUUAUCGCUCUUAAAGAAACCGAAAGAAGCACUUCAGUACAAGUCAGUUAUAUAGUUAUAGGAGAAGAGCAAAACAUGAUCCUUCCCUUUUGAUAGUUAACAAAUGUGGUGUGGUUGCUUGAAGUUGAAUCAGACAAGGACGACU